GCACUCCCCCACCCACCCUGUCCCCCACCGGAAAGCGAACCAAGGGGAGAGAGCCCUCGCCGCCGCCGCAGCCGCGCAGAUCGCAGCCGGAUCUGCGGCGCCGGGGGACGGGGGUCCCCGGAUCGACCCCUCCGCCGCGGCCUCCCGCUCUGCACUCCAGCGGUUCUGAUGGCUGCACGAAAGGAAAAUCGUUUUCUUACUGCUUGCCAAGCAACCAGUGGUCGAGUCACGCGAGCUCAAGCUGCUGCAAGUCGUGGAAGGUUUGGGGCAGUUCCUUCUGUAACCCUGCCCGCAAAAACUGAACGAAAAUUGGCUGCAAAAGGGAAGACAAAAAGGGGAGCUUCAGAUGAGAACACUAGUGCAAGUACUGCAUUUGCAGGUCCCCAGCCUAAAAGGCGCACAGUGCUCAAGGAUGUGACCAACGUAAGCUGUUCUAACUCCAACAACAGUUGCACUGUGGCAACUAAACUGCAGGCGAGGCCCUCCCAAAGGGUUGGACGAGUCAUGAGCAAAAACAAGCAGUGUGCCAAGAAGGUUCCUAAGAUACCUCCACCAGUUGUUAACAGAAGUUCCGUUGUCAAUGAUUCUAACAUUGCUGAAGAAACACAAUAUGCAAAUAUUUUGGCACCAAAACAGGAACCCACUGUUUUGUUUGAGAAUGGGGGGUCGCUGUCAUUACAGAAUAUUGAACGAAACAGGGACAGCGCAUGUCAUGAUGCAUUCUUUGGGGCAAGAAACGUCAGGGAUGAACCACAACUGUCUGAGUCAAAGAUUGGGGACUCUCCUGCUUUGAACAUUGUAGAUAUUGACAAAGAUAAUGGCAAUCCUCAAAUGUGUACGUCCUACGUUGCAGACAUAUACUCAAAUCUAAUGGCUUCAGAGCUUAUGAGAAGACCUAGUCCAAAUUACAUGGAGAUUUUGCAACGUGACAUCACAAAAGGCAUGCGAGGCAUACUCAUCGAUUGGCUUAUUGAGGUUUCUGAAGAAUACAAGCUUGUGCCAGACACGCUGUACCUCACUGUGUAUCUUAUUGACCGAUUUCUUUCUCGGAAUUACAUUGAAAGACAGAAACUACAACUUCUGGGAAUAACAAGCAUGCUCGUUGCCUCGAAAUAUGAAGAGAUCUGUGCUCCCAGAGUAGAAGAGUUCUGUUUCAUAACCGAUAAUACAUAUACAAAGGCUGAGGUGCUGAAAAUGGAGUGCCAAGUGCUUAAUGACCUGGGAUUUCAUCUUUCUGUUCCAACAACAAAAACGUUUCUCAGGAGGUUUCUUAGAGCCGCGCAGGCUUCUCGUAAAACUCCUUCUAUAACUAUGGGAUUUCUGGCCAAUUAUCUCGCGGAGUUGACUUUGAUCGAUUAUGGUUUCUUGAAAUUUCUUCCUUCAAUUGUUGCAGCAUCAGCAGUCUUUCUUGCUAGUUGGACACUUGACCAAGCUGACCUCCCAUGGAAUGACACCCUUGAGCACUAUACCUCUUACAAAAGCUCCGAUAUUCAGACAUGUGUCUGCGCUCUACGGGAACUGCAGCAUAACACCAGUAAUUGCCCCCUCAAUGUUAUACGUGAAAAGUACAGACAACAGAAGUAUGAGUGUGUAGCAAACUUGACUUCACCGGAGCUGCUCCAGUCGCUCUUCAGUUGACAUGCCAUUGACAUCAAUUACUUGUUGAUCAGCAACCGUUAGCAGCAGUCGUAGUUGAGACUGCGUUAACAUUAUGUAGCAUCCCUUCCCCUUCCCCUUGUCUGAUUUGGUUGUAUUGUCUCGAGCUGUUGUUGUUUCCCGGCCUUUUUCGAGUCGUGCAGUUAGAGAAAUGGCUCGCAUUUAGUUUGACAUAAAGUUUACCCGAUUGUAAACGCACUGUGUGUAGGCUUGCCUUGAGUUGAUAACCCUAAGAUCUCCGACCUGUAUAUCGAACAACAGAAUGAUGUUUGUUGUGACAUAAAUUCAAUUAUUAUUGGCUUUGAAAUGGAAAUUAGUUUAUUGCUUGUG